AUACAUAUAUCUAUAUAUGUACGUACAACGAGAGAGAAUUGUGUAAACUAGAGUGCUCCGAAUUAAUUCCGUUAGCCGUAACGUGCGCGGCUAACCCGCGAAGAAAGAGCGACGGAAAAGGAGAAGAGGCGCGCAUACACAGGGAGAGAAACACGAGAGGAGUCUCGCGCGCGCGAGCAGGAAGGAAGAACAAAGAACGACAACGUGCCACUGCCAGACCCGCGGUGGGGCCUACGUGCGCGAGGACCGGCGGCCGUCUCUCUCUUUGACUCGAUAACUUUAUCUCUCGCUGACGUUCACUCGCUCCUCACCAUCGCAUCGCGGUCUGUGACUUACGUGCGAACGACGACGACAACGGGCAGCGGGAGCGACUUCGUUUCGGUGCUUGAGAUUCUAAAAUGAGAUUAGAAGAGGAUCUGGUGAUCCGCAGGAGCCGACCCACGAUGAUCUCUGCCAAAUAUCGCGCCCGCGAGGAACGUCGUCGUCUACUCAAGAUUUCCGCUGUCAAGCUGAGGAGGAUCGAGGACCCUGAAGCGAGCCUGUGCCGAUCGGUUCUCAUAAAUAACGCAGUACGACGGCUGCAGCGUGAAAAUCGGGACGAGAAGACACGGAGUUACGGUACACUUCCAGUAGUGGCGUCAUACAUGGACGACGCUAGUAAGGAAAAUAACAUCGCCGGGAGUCUCAUCGCCGAUGUAACGGACGAAGAAACUUCUUCUAGGAAAAGGUUGGCUGACGAUUCGAGAAACGACGAAUUCAAUUCCAAGCGGCAUAGGCACGAUGACUUGGACUUGCAAGACGACGUAUUCAGUGACUUCUACAUCUUGCCACCGACGCCACGUUUGCUCUCGCAUAUCGAUGAAAUUCAGCCAGAAGCAGUGGUGUCACAUCAUAACGGCAAUCACCAUCUGGGCUUCCCGGAGGAUCGCUUGAGCGGCGGCGUGGCUGACGUGCGAUCGAACGGCACGAUCAUCAGCACAAGUAGCACCUCCACAACGACUAACGGCAUUGGAGUCGACAACGCGUCAAACUGCCAUUCCGUGCUUUUCCCCGUCGGAGAUCUCGACGACACGAGCGUACAACUUUCGAGACCAGGAACCGAUAUGAUGGAGGUGGCCGACGUAGUCGAUCCCGAUCGGCUUUGUGACUUUUCUAGAUUCGCCGACUCGGCGAAGACACUAGAAGAACGACUGGCCGAGCUGCAGUCUUUGGAUGAACAUUUCGAUCUUACCAAGUUUGAGCGUAACAACAAUCAGAGUUGCGGCCGCGCCUUCCAUGACAUACAGACCUUCCACAGUCUCGUGCCAGGUCUGGAAACUUAGACGACGGUACUAUAUCUCGAGCCAACGAUGCUGCAGGACGCCAACAGCGACGGUGAUGUCAGCUUCACGACACACAGAAUCGCUUGAUGAGGAAUCACAUGUGAAUCUCGCGUUGGCCUUACUCUCGUGCGCUCGUAGAUGGAAAACGCGUGAUCAAACGCAUGCCGAUACGUUAAGUACUCUGAAGGAUUUUUUUACCGUGGGCAAAUAGAUUGGGCUAAAUUGUAUAUUGAACGUGUGGUAUUUCACUAUUCAUCUAUUGACAUUACAUUCGCAACAGAAAUUUUAAAAGAACGUGCAAAAAAAUUUAGAAAUAUUUAAAUUUCAUUGA